AUGCAUUUCCCUUCCAAUCUUACGAAACUUCACCCUCUGCUGGUGAACGAGAAAACUGGAGAACCAUAUCUUCAACUUCCUUAUCCUCAUGAUAACAUACGCAUCACUCCUCCAAGGUCAGAUGAUGUAGAUACCACUGUGUCAUAUUUGAAUGAUCCUCGUAUCUACGAACAUUUGGCCGGCCCUCCAUUUCCGUAUACCACCGAAAACGGAAUCCAAUGGAAUAAAAGG